AUGGCUCCUGUGUUCUCAAGAAAAGCCUGGCGUUGUGCAUGGUAUAUGAUCCAGAAUGACUUGAUCCAUGCAUGGGGCCUGGAUGUGCAGCUUGGUUAUUGUGCACAGGGUGAUCGGACGAAAAAUGUUGGUGUGGUUGACGCCGAGUAUAUAGUUCAUAUGGGUCUUCCUACACUUGGUUUUUCAGAAGGACACAAGGCAAGUAAUUUUUUUAUCAGGGGCACUGAUACAUUAAGCCUGGAUGAACUUGAAUAACGGUCCAAACACUGUCUACCGUUCAAAGUUAGAUGUGUUUCUGUAACUGGUUAUCAACAUGAAUGUCAUUGGGGAAUCCGUCUAUGAAUUUUUGUGUCAUAUAUUUUUUCCUGUGGUGUAGAGUUCUUUUGAAAGGAUUUGAAGAUAAGUUCUUGAUUCUUGGAUCCACUAAAUUCAGUGAGGAACAAGCUAUAUUAUUGAUAAAUAGAUAAAAACAUUAGAAAGAGAUAAAGGUGGACAAUUUGUCCAACCCAAAAAAGAACAAACACAAAAUACAACCAAACAGUACUUCUUGAGUCUUCACUACAUAUUAUCGUAGUUAGAAAUCAUGUAGAUCUAUCAUAUCUGCAGUAAUGCAAAAGAGAUGAAUUUCUUCAAAAGUAAUGAACUGUUCUAUUUUGCACAAGUAGUCAAAUCUCAUAAUUGUUGAGAAUCUGAAAUUCUUGAAUCUGUAAGAUCUUCAAAUUCCUCCCAGAAAGCAGGUUAUUUCCCAUAUUUUUUAAUUAGGUGAUACUAAUGAUACUGACUUGAGCUUUAUUUGUUUUUAACUUAAAUCCUCCAAAAGGACCAAAGAAAAAACUAAUCCUUCAACUGCAAUGUGGCUUUGGUUUGUCUCACUCGACUAUUUCCCUUGUUUAUGUAGUCAAGUUCAGAAGCACCUGUUCAUUCUUCACAAACAAAGCACUUGUCAG